GUCCCUUUCCGCUCUGUACAGAAGACGAGAACGUGCCUAAAGGUGCUCGGUUCUUCUAGCGAAGCUAAGGCCCUUGAAUCCGGCGACUGGCACCGUCAAAACUUAGGCAUCCAGGUCCUAAACUCUGUUAAAAUCAAAGAACAAUGGCCUCUGUCUCCGAGCUCGCCUGUAUUUACUCCGCUCUCAUCCUCCAUGAUGAUGAAGUGACCGUCACGGAGGACAAGCUCAACGCUCUGAUCAAGGCUGCUGGAGUGACCAUCGAGCCUUUCUGGCCCGGUCUGUUCGCCAAGGCUCUGGCCAGCGUGGACAUUGGUAGCCUGAUCUGCAACGUGGGAGCUGGUGGUGCUGCUCCUGCUCCCACCACUGGUGGAGCUGCUCCUGCUGCUGGUGGAGACGCCCCAGCCAAGGCAGAGGAGAAGAAGGAAGAGAAGAAGGAAGAGUCUGAGGAGUCUGAUGAUGACAUGGGCUUUGGUCUCUUUGACUAAAGUGCUUUUACAAUAAAAACCAGAAAAUGAUACAUCAUCUGACAUGGCUGUUCAAGACAUGAGAAUCUUCUCACUGCAUUAUUUAGGGUUAAAAGAAUUGCUGCCAGCUGUGAAAUUAAUCAAUGUAGUAAUCAGUCAGUCACAGGCUUAUUUAUGUAAGUCCAAAUGGUGACCUGCUUAUAGGUGAAAAAUCUUAGUAAUUUAGGCCUUUAUUCAUUAAAGCUGAAUGCUUGAUCAA